GAAAAAAGAGCAGACACAACAAAGAAGCGGCACAGCACACAAUGCCGCAGAGUUGUCACCCUUCUUCAUUGUCAGCCCAGUUUGGCAGUCGCAGUGUCGGCUUCUUGUGAAAUUAUUCAAUUUUUUUUAAAUGGGUCCGCCAAAAAAGUCCAAGAAGGAUCGCAGUGGUGCCGACAAGUCAAGCAAGAAGCGCCGCGCUGAGGAUGAAGCCUUCACUCAGCUGGUGGAGGACAACGAUAGCCAGGAUGCCACUGAGUCGGACGGUAUACCGGGUGCAGCAUCCAAGAAUGCCGAGACCAAUGAUGAACAGGUCAACACGGAUGAGUACGGCGCCAAGGACUAUCGGGGACAGAUGCAGCUGCGUCCGGAUCACAACAAUCGCCCGCUGUGGGUGGCUCCCAAUGGCCAUGUGUUCCUGGAGUCCUUCUCGCCGGUGUACAAGCAUGCCCAUGACUUUCUCAUUGCCAUCUCUGAACCAGUUUGCCGGCCCGAGCACAUUCACGAGUACAAAUUGACUGCGUACAGUUUAUAUGCCGCUGUGUCGGUGGGCCUGCAAACGCAUGACAUUGUGGAGUAUCUGAAACGCCUGAGCAAGACAAGUAUUCCUGAGGGCAUCCUCGAGUUUAUUCGUCUAUGUACGCUUUCCUACGGCAAGGUGAAGCUGGUGCUGAAGCACAACAAGUAUUUCAUUGAGUCGCCGCACCCGGAGGUGCUACAGAAGCUGCUCAAGGAUCCGGUUAUACAAAAGUGUCGGCUUAUACGCAGCGAAGGCGAGGGCUUUAUUCAGGGCACAGUGGAUAGCAAGGCGAUCACUCAGUUCGGAACAAAACUACCACCUGGAGCGGACGAUAAACCAACAGAGGAUCCGGCAAGCUCAGCGGCUGCUGCUGCUAGCGGGGCACCACCGGCUGAAGGUGCACCAGUUGUGCCCGACGACAUUACCGACUUCUACGAGAAGAUCGACAAGGAGGAGGAGGACGAGGAUGAGGCGAAUCUGAAAACAGUCUCGUUCGAGGUGGCCCAGGAGAAAAUUGAAGUUAUCCAGAAGCGCUGCAUUGAGAUAGAGCAUCCCCUGCUGGCUGAAUAUGAUUUCCGCAAUGAUACCAACAAUCCAGACAUAAACAUUGACUUGAAGCCCGCUGCCGUCCUGCGUCCCUACCAGGAAAAGAGUCUGCGCAAGAUGUUUGGCAACGGACGAGCCCGUUCGGGAGUUAUCGUCUUGCCUUGUGGUGCCGGAAAAUCGCUGGUGGGUGUCACAGCCUGCUGCACAGUUCGCAAGCGAGCCCUGAUACUGUGCAACAGUGGCGUAUCAGUGGAGCAGUGGAAGCAACAGUUUAAGAUGUGGUCCACAGCAGAUGACAGCAUGAUUUGUCGCUUCACCUCAGAGGCAAAGGACAAGCCCAUGGGAUGUGGCAUUUUGGUGACCACAUAUUCCAUGAUCACACACACACAGAAGCGCUCCUGGGAGGCAGAGCAGACAAUGCGCUGGCUGCAGGAACAGGAAUGGGGCAUUAUGGUGCUGGAUGAGGUGCACACCAUUCCAGCCAAGAUGUUCCGUCGUGUGCUGACCAUUGUCCAGUCCCAUUGCAAGCUGGGCUUGACUGCCACCCUGCUUCGCGAGGAUGACAAGAUUGCCGAUCUGAACUUCCUCAUUGGGCCCAAGCUGUACGAGGCCAACUGGUUGGAGCUACAGAAAAAGGGCUAUAUUGCUCGUGUCCAGUGCGCCGAGGUCUGGUGCCCCAUGUCGCCGGAGUUCUAUCGCGAGUAUCUGACCACAAAAACCUCCAAGAAGAUGCUGCUGUAUGUGAUGAAUCCAUCCAAGUUCCGCAGCUGUCAGUUCCUCAUAAAAUACCACGAGCAAAGAGGCGACAAGACCAUUGUCUUCUCUGACAAUGUAUUUGCUCUCAAGCACUAUGCCAUCAAGAUGAACAAGCCCUUCAUCUAUGGACCGACCUCGCAGAACGAGCGCAUCCAGAUUCUGCAGAACUUUAAAUUCAAUUCCAAGGUCAACACAAUCUUCGUGUCGAAGGUGGCCGACACCAGUUUUGAUUUGCCCGAGGCCAAUGUACUUGUCCAAAUCUCCUCGCAUGGUGGUUCCCGCCGUCAGGAGGCUCAGCGUUUGGGUCGUAUUCUUCGUGCCAAAAAGGGCGCCAUUGCCGAGGAAUACAACGCCUUCUUUUACACACUCGUCUCGCAGGACACCAUGGAGAUGAGCUACUCCCGGAAGCGUCAACGUUUCCUUGUCAAUCAGGGCUACAGCUAUAAGGUUAUUACACAUCUCAAGGGCAUGGACACGGACACGAACUUGAUGUACGGCCUGCAAGAGGAGCAGGCGCAGCUUUUGCAGUUGGUCCUCUCGGCCUCCGACUUGGACUGCGAGGAUGAGAGGCUGCCGGGCGAGCCGGGCUACCGUCCGGGCGGCACCACCAAACGGGCCGGUGGCCUAAGCUCCAUGUCAGGCGGCGACGAUGCCAUUUACUACGAGCAUCGUCGCAAGAAUGUCGGCAGUGUUCAUCCUUUGUUCAAGAAGUUCCGAGGAUAGAAUAGGAUAGAAUAUUUUCAACUGCUUUGUAAAGCCUAAAUACAAUUCUAAGCAACCACA